UGGUCUGAUUAGCGAAGAGCGCGCAGUUACAUUACCCUCGCCGUCGUCGCAAGUUGGGCUCCAUAGGUUUUAAAAGCGUUGGUGGUGCAGUCGUCGGGCAGCGGGGGCAAACGGAGUGUUUGCGCUUUAAAGGGUCGGGGGAAGGCGCAUAAGUGCACCGGCUGAACUUGGGUCUUUUGAACGCUCGCGGAAUUGCUGCCAAAAUGUCUCGAGACGCAGACGACGUGAACAAACUUACCGAGAGCACGUAUAAGAACGUGAUGGAGAACUUCAAUCCCAAUCUGCGCAACCUUGUGAACCUGGGGAAGAGCUACGAGAAAUCAGUGACGGCGAUGACCCUUGCUGGAAAGGCGUAUUAUGAUGCAGUGUCAAAGAUCGGCGAGAACGCUGCAGUGUCGCCAGUCUCCAGAGAGAUGGGUGUGAUCCUGAUGGAGAUCUCCGAAAUGCACAAGAAGGUCCAUGAGGAGCUGGUGGAAUCUUUCAAGAGAUUUCAUCGAGAAAUCAUGGCAGAACUGGAGAAGAAAACUGACUUGGACAUCAAGUACAUGACUGCCACGUUCAAGCGAUAUCAGUCUGAACACAAAAUGAGACAAGACUCGCUGGACAAAUCGCAGACGGAUCUGAAGAAGCUACGCAGGAAAAGCCAGGGGAAACAUUCCAACAAAUACGAAGUCAAAGAGAACGAGUUUCUGGUGGCAAUCUCUUCACGGCAAACAGAAAUGCAGAAAUUCAUGGAGGACAGCUGCAAAGAGGCCCUGCUGGAGGAGAAGAGGAGGUUCUGCUUCCUGGUGGACAAACACUGCACCUUCUCCUACCAAAUGGCAACUUUUCAUGACAAGGCAAAGGAGAUGCUCUCGAUGAAACUUCCCAGCUGGCAGGAGAAGUGCAGCGAUGCCACCAAGGUGCCCGACACGGUGACGGCCAUGAUCAAGGGCCUGCGAGACCACGCCUCCUCCGUGGACGAGUUCUCCUCAGAGUCCCCCGACGGGAAGGGCUCUGAUGCUGUGGUGCCCCCAGCUCCACCUCUGAAGGCUCACACCAGUCCCUUGGCCAACAUGUUUUCCCAGGAGAGUUUCAAAAGCCCUGUAUCCCCCGAAGCUUGCUCAGACCAAGAGAGUCUGGACAGCAACAGCCUGUCCAGCGAGACGAGCGCGAUGAAGAAGCCCCGCGUCCUGACCAUCUUCCCCCACACGGCCGGCAACAACGACACUCUGCUGAGCUUUGACGACGGCGACGUCAUCACGCUGCUCAUUCAGGAGGAGCGGGACGGCUGGCUGUAUGGAGAACUGGAGAAAACCGGAGAGAGAGGCUGGUUCCCGUCAUCAUACUGCCGAACGUACAGUGAUCCUGUGAUGUCAAACGUGGCUGACCCCCCUCUGCAAAACUUCUCCAUAGUGCAGCAUCCUGACGAUGAGGAAGAGGAAGAGCAGCCUGUGCUGAUGCCUCCCCCUGACUACAGUGACUCGUGCAGGAAGACCCCCACGCCCUCGGCGCAGAACACGGGGUCUCUGCCCAACGGCACUUCCAUGGCCCCCUUCCUUGGAGGUGGGAAUCCCUUUGCCACUGUCCGAUUACGGCCCACGGUUACAAAUGACAGGUCUGCACCUGUCAUUUGAUGUCUCUCAGCUCUCCGUCAGGGCCGCUUGAGUCACAGUUUGGAGAAAUGGAGGGAGAAGUGCUUUACUGCAUGUGUAUUUAUUUUUUAAAUGGUAAAUUUUUAGAUCUGAAAUGCAACUGCACAUGCCCAAAUUCACCUGAGAAUUACAGGAAUUCCGUGGGAUUGUUCUGAAUGGGUUGAUUUUUAAAUGAAUCUUGGGUCUGAACUUGGAUUCUUUAUAGGCUUAAAGAUCAAUUUUUUUUUUUUCCUUAGCUUGUAUCCAAAACAACAUGCAUUGUUUGACCAUAUUGGUCUUUCUGGCUGUUUUAAACCCUGAGAGUUGGUAAUAUUUCUGAUGUGUUAGAAACAGCUGCCACCUUCACCAAGAUGCCUCCAUUUAAGGCCACAACAGCACUGAACUCUUAGAAUUUUAAAUGCACGUUCGAAGCUUUACCUAUUGUAGAGAUGUUUACAUAUGUAUUCUGCUCAGUAUAUGCAGCUGCAUGUGUUUCUGCUAUUUUAGACUCUCCAUGCUCCUGUAAAAUGCAUAUUUCUUCAAUACCUUUUUAUAUUUUUAAUGGAGGCAACUGUAAAACAUUUAUAGUUUAGUUCUGUCUGUGUAAAAGAAUGUCCUUCCUGGUGUAGAAUUUGGGGAAACCAACAACACGGCUUGUAUCGUCAUAUGCUAGCACUGUCUGUACUCCUAGUCAUAUUCUUCUGAUCUGAACAUGGGAACCAGUCUUUCUGUUUAGAUAUGUGCAGAGUUUGUCCUUUUGUUUUAACAUGGGGUGACCUUUUCUUUUUAACUUGUGAUGAUAUUGACUUUUAUUUUAUUUUCUGUCAAAUGGCAUGACACUGGAAUAAAAGAUGUUGGUUUUCA